AUGACAGGUGUUAGAGGACGAUAUCGUGCAGGACGCAGUGGUUCUAGACCUAACUCGUCUGGGUCUACUGCUGCUUCCACCUCAUCUACUGCAACACCACAUAUUUCGGGGGAUAUUUCAUUGGCCUCUCUCCCAUCAGUAUCUCCUGUUGCUACCCCUGCAGUUGCUUCUUCACCGACCCUUCCUACAGAGUCACCAAAAUGGGAACAAGAUGAAGCUUUCAAGAAACGGUCUGCACAAGCAUCGCUAAACCGUUUGAGUGAGACAGGUGGCCUUGGGGCUGGUCCUUCCCGCCAUACUGGGGGUUCUAUAUCUUCAGCAGAGCAUAAAAGACGAAUGACACAUGAGUUUGGGAGAGAGCCUACACUGAUUGAAUUGUUUGAACGAACUCAUUCUAAAAAAACUGAGGAAGGACAGAUCGUGUAUGUCGACAGACGUUCUUCGAGUGUCGCUGAAAUGUAUGGACAGUUGUUAGAGUAG